CCGUGAUAUAAAUAAAUAUCUUGAUUGUCAGUACUGUCACGGGUUGCGUUACGUCAACGAUUGUAAUUUUUUAGAAACCUUUUAGUAAAUGUUUAAGGCGUUCAUCUCAAAUUUUGUAGGUUAUUUGAUAGCUCUCUGUAUGAAAAACCAAGUUUGGAAGGUUAAACUCGAAAUUGUGAAAAAAGUAAUCUAAAGUUAUUUUAAAAGUGACGUUUUUCUCGCAAGUUAAACAUGAAGCGUGAAACCUGUCUACUGGAACAGUGCGAGUCGGUCUGUUAGACAACACGGAUUAGGAAGCUUUUGUUCAAUAAUAUAGUAAGUAGAUAAAUAUGUCAAUGAUGAACCACUCGCAGGACAUAAUUAAUACGCCGGAAAUAACGGAGCUAGUGAGACUUCUGCGCCAGAAUGGCGACAAGAUCUUGAGUGCCUCUAGCAAGCUCUCCCUGUCGACGAAACUGUUGCAUAGUCUCAAUGAGGCGUUCCUGCUAAUUGUAUCGGAAUCUGAAGAUUUGGACUCUUCAUUUCACGUGUGUAACAGCUCCAAAGUAGAUAUAUUCCGUGAUGUCAAGUUCCUACAUGAUUUUGUACAGAAGACUAUAGGUCUGAAAGUGACGCAUUGUUCUUCUGACGUCAAAGUUACUAUCGACAUCUCCAAGUUUAGACAUUUAAAGUAUUUGGAGCUAAAACAGGUCGACGUCGACGUCGUGAAGGGAUUACAGAGCGUCAGAGGUCAGCUGGAAAGUAUCGUGUGCGCCGGUAGAAAAGGUGUAUCUACAAUUUAUCAAUUACUAGCUGCGUGUGGAGGCGAUGCUGGAGUCGGUUUCGUAUGGGCAUCCUUGAAACACUUGGUAUUGCCUCAUAACGCUCUCAAAUGCCUGGAUGAAUCAUUAGAAUUGACACCUUGGCUUCAGAUAUUGGAUUUGAGUCAUAAUAUGAUAACUAAUGCUAAGGAAAUAUCUUGCUUGUCAAAUCUGAGAUAUGUGAAUCUAGGCUACAACAAAUUAGAACAAGUACCUACGUUCAAUAAGGCAGUGUUGCACUCGUUACAAGUGUUGGUGUUGAAAAACAAUUAUAUUGACACGUUAAACGGUCUUCAAGGUUUAGAAUGUCUGACAGAGUUAGACUUGUCGUUUAACUGUUUAACGGAGCAUUCGGUCCUCUGGCCCGUGCGAAAAAUGUCUACUCUGUUGUGGUUAUCCUUGGAGGGAAAUCCUUUAUCGUAUCAUCUAAAACAUCGGAUACUGACUAUAAAAUAUUUGCAUCCAAGUUUAUCGGACAGCAAGUUUGUUUUAGAUCAUCUGCCGCUUUCGACGUCGGAGAAAACGCUAGUAGCGGACAAUCGGAUCUUUGCGAUAUCCACGCCGCACGCCACAUCUCUUACCAGCUCGAUAUCUACGCACGUUGAUACACGUGACGUCGACCAAGACGGAUUAGAUCGUCGAACGAUAUCGUUACCUGAAAAUCUAGAAAAGAGUGUAACGAGGACGAAAAGGAGGUCAAACGUUAAAGAAGCCCGCAUUGAUGAGAUCGAUCAGGAGAGAGGAGAAUUUAAGAAACUGCCUGACGUGGUGGCAUCUUCUCAUUUGGAGUCAUCAAAGGAUUAUUUGGAGACGAAAAAGCGUAUCUUGGAUCUACGAGAAAAAUUUGGUGAGAUUAAUUGGCUGAGCAGUCACGCGGGAACUUUUGUCCAGGAUAUUAUGGGUCUUCCGUCUGCCUCACACGUACCAGAAUCACAAAUAUCCAAGAUACAGACUUUGGCUGAUAUUACGACAGCAUCGUCUCUUCACGAUACCCUGAUUCACGCGAUGGAUAAUGGAGAAUCUUCCGAUGAAUCCGAGUCGCGAGAAAUCACGGAAUACGCGGAAGACGAUAAAGAGAUUCCUCAGAGUGAUAUGUUGGACACGCUUCCCAAGACACACGCUGCUACUAUAACCGAAUAUGAUCCUAAUGAAGAAGCUGGAGAUUUGUAUAUCGUGCAGAAAAGGAAGAACGAGAGUGAGCUGGAGAAUGUAUUCCUGGUGAUAACUUGCGAAGAUAUUAAAGAAAGAGAUGCGAUUACGGGAAAAAUUAAGGUUUGUUGGUCGACGACGUCCGUAUUGUCUUGCGUCUUGGGCAGGAGCGAACCACCUACGGUUGACAUUAUAUUUGACACUACUAGGAAAGAUAGGGAGAACCGACGAUACUUUGCGCAACCAGAAGAUGCAAAGAAAAUUGUGACAACAAUUGGCGAGCAAAUCGAGAUACGGCCGAUAUUACUCAAGGUUUUCAAGUGCAUGAAAUGCUCGACACAAUUCUCGCAGGACCCGGAAUUAUACGUCAAGUUCUCUGUUAAAUCGUCAACAGGUGCAAAACAAUUCAAAUGCCCUACCUGCGACAGCAGCUUGGUCAUCGAAAUAGAGACUCCAUCUAACGUAGAUACUCUAGUUGUAAAGAAUCAGCUAAUGGAGAAUCCAACGAGGCUCAACUUGGCACAUUCCGAGUCAUUCUCCAGUAUCGGUGGAAUGGAGGGUGGAGCUAAAUCCGUCACCACUUCUCUGGUGCACUCCGACUCUCACACCCAAGCUCAAGUCUGCUGUUCAGCGACGAGUUUAGAAGAGUCGAGGGAGUCAACACCGUCUUCUACAAAUGUCCCGACGAAGAAAUAUGAGAGUGACAUAGAGAUACUCAGUAAUCCAAGCCAGAGCAGCAUCGAAGUUUUAGAUGAAACACUAAAGGCAAAUGUUACACCAAAUCGAAAACGAUCGAUGGAGGAAAAGCGUGCCACGAUCGCUCCUUCUUUAAUAACGAUACCAGAUGCAACAACGCCAGUCAUGACAGGCCUGACAGAAAGUAGUUCUUCGGGUUCAUUAACAGACAGCAUAUGCACGGCAUAUGAAAAUAAAAUGGUCAAAUCAACCAUCAUCGACAACAACAAGUCCCAGAGUAGCGAUGGUGAUAAAGAAAAUGCGUUUGCUCCUAUGACAAGCUUGACGUCAAUGCUAGGAGGCUUGCUACAGAGCAUCAAGGUCGGCAGCAAAACCUUGAAGGGUGAAGAGGCGUCAAACUUUUUUGGCAGUACCGUGCAAUAUUCGUAUACUGAUUUUAGCAGCGUAGAUCAUAGAAUUAAACUGCACAUUAUCCUACAUGUAUUCGAGCAUGAAAACGAAGAACUCGUACUUCUUCUCAAGGCAGAAAUUUUGAUGCAUUCUAUGCAAGAGACGUUUCCCGGAUGCUUAGUAUUGUCUACGUCCAAGGUUUACGUUCUCAGGAUAGAUGGGCCAGAAGGGGAAGAUCCACAGCGUUGGCUACACAAGGAAGUCAGUUGGACGACCGACAGAUUAAGAUCUUUCGUGCCGCUACCGUUUAAGCAAGGUGUUUUGAUCGAGUUACAACAAUCUGGUAAAGCCGGUGAGGAGCAUCUGGCCAUCACCUUACUCUGUUUCCUGCAAGAUUUCCAGAGAACGUCAAAUUUUUUAUUUUAUAUCACAGAUUUGCAGUUGCCUGCAAGCUGCGAAGUGGAAUUCUCUAUUCCAGAGCGUUACAGCAUAUUGAUGCACAAUAUACUAAAGAAUACUGCCAACUAUCAGACUGGGGACACCGUACGAUUACUGGCAAUCUUUUCGUCCGCGAUCCUGAAAGGUCAGAACGUCACUACCAAGCUGAAACUGUCCGGCGUGAUACUGACGGGUGUGACAUUGGUCAUACUGAAGGACAACGUUCGAUGGCUCAUACCAGGCAGCGAUCAAGUGCCUUCGGUCGCUAGGGAACAAGCUAUGAGCAAUUUGAUUGGGAUAGAACAUUGUGACACUUGGUUGACUUUGAAUUUCUUGGACGAGAUUGCGGGCCUCGAGGAAAACUGGACCUUGGAAUUUGUCUCUCCUGGUGCUGUCGAGGCUGUAAUAAGUUCUAUUCAGCCACCGUGGGAAGAAUUAUUCUCGAUACCUCUGCAAAUAACGACACGCGUAACACGGGAUAAUGCGGAGAAAGCUUAAACGACACGCAAAACAAAUCUCUAGUGAGUGUUUCUACGGUUAAUUCGAUCAACUCUUUCUUGUCUUGUAUUUAGAAAAUCCUCUAAAGACUACGUGUAAGAGCGGCGUCUACAAAGGAAAGGACACCACGUAAUGCCUCGUAAUGUGUUGCGAGAGCGUGGUUUUAUCAAAAGAGAGACUAUCCAGCUAUACGAUACGUAAAAAUAUAAUACAUUAAAUUUAAAGAAAAACACGGCUACUCUAUAAAGAUGUUUGAUUCAAAAUGCCAUUUUAACAGAUGUGUCGUUUUCUUUUUGUACUUUUACACACGUCCGAUGUUUUAUAACGUUUAACAUUGAAUUCAUUCGAAUAUGGAGACAUUUGUGUGGUUUUUUAGUAGACACGUUGCUCUCUGUGUGAGACUCGAGUAGAUUUUGCACCGUCUCUAUAAAGAUUCAAGAAAAUUUCGGUAAAAGAAUCGUUCGAGGUAAGAAUGGCAAGACUAUCUCGCUAGAGUGUCAAAUGUUCAGUUCUCAAUAGUGUUACUAGGACUCUUAAUUGUAAAUACUUCUGGCAGACGUACCUUCGCACUGACUUUUGAGCCAAAGUUUCUUCACGCGAUGUUACGUGCGUGCAGCACGUAAUAGCUUUUGUAUAAAAUUUCUCACGCGUGUACAUUAAGCUGGAAAUCUAGUUAUUACGUAGUUCUGAUUAUAAAUGUCCGACUGUGAUAUGUAUAUUUGGAGCUUUACAAUAAAUGCAAGACUCAGGUAUUUUAUUGUAGAUAUUUAUAUAUCGCGAGGAUAUUGUACGUUAUCUUUUGUAACAAAGCAUAUAAAUAAAUAUUGUUACGCCCGCGCUGAUCACUGAUUAUAA